AAUGACAGUUGUAUCAGGGUUUAAGGGACCUGGACAUCAUGUUACAAGGAGCUUCUAUCUCAGUAAACCAUGGCAAGCAGUAAGAAGAUAAAGAAGAAAUUAGAAGGCCAAGAUCCAAUUGCACAGACAGAAAAAAAUAGUAAGAAAUCCAAAGGAAAAAAAGGAGAGGAGACAGAUUCUGAAGAUCCACAUCAGGCCACAAAGAAACUGAAAAAGAAAAAGACAGAAACCACACAAGAAAAAGGAGGUACAUCUAAAUCCAAAAAGGACACUUCUAAAGCUAAAGAAGCGAUAUCUAAAUCUAAAGACACAUCUUCUAAAGAAACAUCUAAGGGGAAGAAGAAUUUCAGUGCAAGCAAAACUUCCAAGCAGAAACUAGACUCAGAAGGAGAAUCAGAGGAAGAAGAAGCCCCCAAGAAGGCAAAGAAGAAAGGCAGCAGUGAAUCAGCAUCUGAGAAGAAACAAAAAGGAGAUGAAAAUGAAUCUGAGACAAAGAAUGCAAAAGCCAAAAACAAGAAAAAAGAAUCUGGAUCCAAGUUUCAAGUUAAUGGGGGGAAAAAGGAAGAGAAGAAAAAGAAAGGUCAGGAUGAAGCAGAUAAAGAUUCAGAUUCCAGUUCAAAACCUCUAAAAUCAACAAAGAAAAAAGCGACAUCUAUGUUUCAGACAAAAGGGGAUGUCUCUAAAGAUGCGAAGGGAAAAAAGAAAGAUAUAUCAAAGUCAAAUGAGGAGGAAGAAGAGGAAGAAGAAGAGCCAACAAAAAACACAAAUAAGAAAGGGAAAAAGGGAAAAAAAUCUAAGAAGAAAGAGGAACGGCCACCUUCACCAGUUAUAGAAGUGGACAAUCUAGAGGAGUUUGUUCUGCGUCCAGCACCACAAGGAGUAACUAUUAAGUGCAAAGUAACAAGAGAUAAGAAAGGAAUGGAUAGAGGAUGGUACCCUACAUACUAUGUCCAUCUUGACAAUGACAAAAAGGUGUUCCUACUGGCUGGAAGGAAGAGGAAAAAAAGCAAAACAUCAAAUUAUUUGAUUUCUAUUGAUGCUACAGACCUCUCACGAGGUGGAGAAAAUUUCAUUGGAAAACUAAGAUCAAAUCUGAUGGGGACAAAAUUCACAGUAUUUGAUAAUGGUGCAAGUCCAGACAAAGCCAACUCUGACUGGUCUAAUGUACGACAGGAACUGGCAGCCAUUGCGUAUGAAACAAAUGUUUUGGGGUUUAAAGGGCCUCGUAAAAUGACAGUACUAAUACCAGGGAUGGAUGAAGACUGCGAAAGAGUCCCCGUUCGUCCCCGAAAUGAUAAUGAUGGACUCCUUCAGCGAUGGCAGAACAAGAACAUGGAGAAUCUCAUUCAGUUGCACAACAAGAGUCCAGUGUGGAAUGAUGAAACACAGUCCUAUGUGCUUAACUUCCAUGGCCGUGUUACACAUCCAUCUGUCAAAAAUUUCCAGAUUGUCCACGCUGAUGACCUGGAUUACAUCAUCAUGCAGUUUGGACGAGUAGCUGAUGACGCCUUUACCAUGGACUAUAAAUAUCCUAUGUGUGCAGUCCAAGCUUUUGCUAUUGCUUUGUCCAGUUUUGAUGGGAAGCUUGCAUGUGAAUAACAAAACGAAAGAAGUCUUCACAUCUACACAUUUAUGAAACAGGAUAGAUGUUAAUCUUAAUAAAAUAACUAAAUAACUUUUUAAAAU